AUCCAUCUGCCAACACUACCUGCUAUCUGGGUAAAACCACCACCAUUUAAACCAGCUACCCCGGCUCCAAUAUACGUGAAGCCAGACUUAGUGCAACCGCCAACCCCAGCACCAAUUGAAGUUAGGCCUAAGCCUGUGUAUCUACCUCGGCCUGCUUCGAUUGUUGUUAAACCGGCGCCGGUUCAACCACCAAAGCCUGCUCCAAUUAAAGUAUGA